AUGGGAAGAUUGCAGGGGAAGGACCCUUUGGCGGAGGCACUUCGAGAGGCAAAGGAGUUGCAGGAGGAACUUGAGCUGGAAGAAGCGGAUGUAGCGCAGCUGCGGAUUCAGGCAGAUUUGGCCCUCAAGCAGAAACAUCAGUGGGAAGCGCAACUAGAGGUGUCACGCAGUUGCAUUCAGAAGCUGGAAGCCAAGCUGUCCAGAACCCGAAAGGCCAAGGCCGAAGGCAAGUUCGGCAACAGCGAGGCGAUCGACGCGGUGUUUCUGGUGGAUUCACCCUGCUCUCUGGGGCGUGAUUCGAACAGCAUCAAGCGCGCCAUGCCGGGCCCCGUCCUUCCGAACGCCGCGGUGCGUGGCAACGAAGGCUAUAGCGAUGGCAAGUGCAGCCCCAAGAGUAUGCCCAAGGAUCUGCGGAGCCCGGGGCGACAGGUGCCCCGCUACCGGAGUGCUAUGAUGGAGUGCUCCCCCCGCAGCCAGAAGUCGGGCAAGUCGGGCAAGGGAUCCCCUGAGAAGAAGCAGACGCGACGCCAGCGCACUGCCAUGCUCUUGGCCGAUGGGACUCCGAAAGCAACCGCGAAUGCCGCGCGAAUGGAGCACUCACGCACCGCGAUGCUGGUGGCCAGUAAAUCCGUGGCGGCGGAUUGUGACGACGGCACCCAAUCCACGGGGAGUUUGGUGAGUUUCGUCCAGGGCAAGAUGAAGGGCUUCGUGGAAUCAGCGGACAAACGCUUGUUGAAGGAGCUUGAGGAGUUGGUCAAGCAGCGAGAUCGACUUGAACGUGAGCGAGAGGCUCUUCGCCAGCAAGCAGAAGAGCAUGAUCGCGAGGUUCAGAGCUUCGUUCAUGUCCUGCGGGCCUUGCCACAGGCCAAGGUCAUGCCGGAGGUGCUCAAACAGGAGGUGAUGGAGGCGGAGCAGGAGAUCAAGGACGUGACCUUCAUUGCCAGGAUCAGGGACGCCAUGGCGAAUCGAUCACAACCUUGGCAUUGCAGCUGGUGCAAGAAGGAUAUCAAAGGAAGUUAUUCCAAUUGCGGUUUCUGUGGUGCUCACUGGACAGAGUGUCAAUCGCAGACUCCACGCUCAGCGAGAUCAGGAAAAUCCCCAAGACGCCGACAACAUGUCCAAGAAUGGCCAUACUCUGGCGAUUGGGGGCAAGAGACUGGAGAGGGCUAUUACCAGAGUCCUUGGGCUGGCCAUACGAGAUCAGCCAAGUCUCCCAGACGAUUGCCAAGGAAGUCUCCUGCUCGACCAAACCAAGCCAGGAAGGACAAGCAGAAGAAGAGCUCAGCUCGAGAUUUGCCACCAGAGGAACCCGAAUGGGAAUACAAUCAAGAAGGAGCUCCUGCCCCCACCAAUGCCAGUGCUCCCAGUGCUGCCGAGCAGACAUUGAAGGAACUGGCUUCUGCUGUCAAGCAGAUGGAGCAGCCUCUUUCGGCAGAUGUUCAAAGAGCUUUAGCCAAUGCCCAGAAGGCAGUUGUCGUCGAUCCGACGAUCCAAUUGCAGAGUGCAGCGGCGAAGUUGCGCAAUGCCCGAGAUCAUCUUUUACAUGCACGUCGAGCCAGACAGAGUCUUCACAAUUCAUGGGCCAAAUUCAUUUCAGAAGCUGUUCAGAGGUGGAACAAGCAUAUGGAAGACUUCGAAGCUCGCGAUGCAGACCACGUGCAGGCCAUUCAGGAAGCCUUGGACAAGUACCAAGGCGCCAAAGAAGCCAUGGAACAGUCCAAGGAGGCUGUCAGUGCCUGCGACAUCAACCCUGUGGAAGUGAACGAUAUCACGGAAGAAGAGCUCAUGACCGAUGUCACUCCGAGCAUCCAAGACGAUAUGCGUGCCAUGAUACAGAACUUCGACAAGAUCAAAGCCAGACAAGCCGAGACCCUUGCAGGAGCGGCUGUCAAGAAGGAGCCGAAUUUCACAGCUCCUUGGGCUGCCAUUGAACGUGCCGUUGAUCAGUGCAUCGAUGUCUAUGGCAUCAUUGCUUGUUCCAGGCUUUUGGAAGGGUCCAAUUGCCCAUUGACUGAUCCACGAGCGUCAAGCAAAGCUGCCCCUGUCAUUCCGAAGCGAGUGACUUUCACAGAUCAAAUUGAAUUGCUCUUUGGGAGCGACUUUGAACCUCUAUCUCAUACAAAGAUGACUCAUGAUGAGCUUCAAGCAUGGCGAGGGAAACCCUGGACACUUCAUGUGGAUCCUGUUGAGUCAGUUGUGGAACCGCUGUCAUUAGUGGCCGUGUCGAUCCCAACUGAUUUCACCAGGGAAAAUGUGUCCUGUGGCUUGAUUUCGGCUCCUCAUGACCAGGAUGCGUGUCAUGCACAGACCGGUGCUGCAUCAACUGAUCCUACAUUUGAGGCCAUUCAGGAGGUCACAGACUCUGCCUUAUAUGACAUGGACCAAUCAUGGCAUUUGCAACUUCGAGUAGCAUGGCGAGAGUUUGCCACAGUCAAGGACCCAGAUGAAGGGCGCACGAUGCCAGUGAUUAGCUGGUAUUUACAUCAUCAUGAUGCUCCUCGUUGCGCUUCAUCAAGAUCUUUGACGCUUGAUCGCAUGGAUCACUUAUGGCUUACAGAUUUGAGAGAGCUUUGGGCUGAUCACAUCCGAGCUGGAGAAGUCUUGCACAUCACAGGGGUGAUUCCAACACCUCCCAGAGACGACAGUCAGCCAUAUGCUCCUCAUGUUAUCUUGACACAAGGGCUCCAGCCUGAUCGGAUUGGCACCAUCAUGACAGCUUGCUUCAUCGAAGACCAUCGUACGCAUCUUUUACAAGAAGCAAUUUCUUCGCCACCUAUGAUGAGUGGCACAAGAGCAGUUGACCUACUACGUGUAGAUCAUGUUGUACAAGGACGUCGAUGGGUAGCAAGGUCUGGAGUUCAAUGGUUUGACAAUCAUGAGUUAGAAGAAAUUCCUGAUGGCAUCAGCAUCGUCGUUGACAUUCGUGUGCCAAGUGAUGAACCAGACGCCACAUCUUUUGCAGCUUGGUCUCGAGCCAAUUAUCCUCCAGAUCAACCUGUUUUCAUGUUGCCACGAGUUGUUCAACCUGAAGGGCUUCCUCCAGAUGACGUCACUGAUGCGUCCAGCUCUGAUGAAGAUGAAACAUCACCAGGAGUUGAUUGGCGUUUUGUGCAUAUUUACCGCACUCGUCAUCGAGUCCAUCAUGGACAUUUACCAUGGGAUGAUGCUUUUGAAUUUCAACAUCGUGUGUCACAGAUCACUGGAGCUCAUGAAGAUGACAUUGCGUUUUGCCAUCAUGUUGAGCAUCCACCGCAAGAUCUUCAAGCUGCCCAUACAGAAGUUUUGUUGAUGCAAUCGGUGUCGGAUCUAGCUAUUGGCUCGAUUCAUCGGCUGGUAUUGGUUGACAUUGAAUUUCAUGAACACCCACCAGCCACGGAUCAUUCUACUUCUCGGCGCUGCCUGUCUCUUCCUCAUGUCACUCAACGACGAUCGCUUCUUCGUCUGCUUGGGUUAGACAUUUACUGUGAUCGAGUUCGGAAAAGAUGCGCGAUGUGGCUCAAUAAUGAGGUUGUCCCUCUGCAGCGGCAAAACAGCUUUUACCUUGAGCACGGUGACUAUCUUCGCAUAGCCAUACCGCCCCUGCCUUCUGCAGAUGCAGCAACAUCCACACGAACAUGUGUCAGCCAUUCGAGACCAAGAAGCCAUCGACUACGACGACAAGCAGUCGACCUUCGUGCCCGACUCAGUCAUGAAACUGGCAUGACAGAUGUGGAUGCUUAUGACCAGCCCAGUCGACGCAAUGAGCCAGCAGAUGAUGACCUUUCUUUGAUCCAAUAUGACAUUGGUCAGUUUCGGGCACUUUUGCCGACCACCACUCACAUGUUAGCCACUGAGACCGCCACCUUAGUCAGCAACUCGCAUUGUGGCAGAUCCUAUGCCAAGUUUGUUGCCAAACUUGAUGAUGCGCCAACAGAACAGGUUCAACAAGCUCGUGACCAUGUGUUGAGGCGUGAUCCAUUACAAGUGCAACUUGCUGGACAACCGGAGUUUAUUGGAGAACUCCUCCAAGCUGUCACACAAAGACUCCCGCACUUUGGCACGACUCUGUCAAAUGCCAUCUUUGUUGAAACUUGGUUCAGUGAUCAUGUCAGGCGUCCUCACAGUGGCAUUGGACGAGUGGUUCGAUUAGAAGCUGACUUUCGCACUUGGUAUACAGCCAUUGUCAUGGCACGGGAAGAUCACAUUGACCCAUUCCAAGCUCUGGCUUGCUACAUAGCAGAUCCUCAACCUGAUGGAGGUGAUCCUGAGGUCAUGGUGCAUUUGGUCCUGGUUCAACAAGCGCAACCAAACAGAGUCACGACUUUGGUCUCCAUCUCUGACACAGCAGAGGACCCGUGGCACCCGAGAUUGAUGCAAGCUUUGCAAGACAUGGUCUGUUGGACUGAUGAAUUUCCUCUUGGCUUCUCUUUCUAUACAGAUGGGUCGGCCAAAAGAGGAUCCACCCAAGCUACAUCGGCAGUGGUCUUGCUUGUGCACACUGACUCUGGCCUUCGGUUGGGUGGCUAUUUAACCGCAACUUGCAUUGGCACACACACAGCGCCUCGAGCAGAAGCCACAGCUUUGCUGCUUGCAAUCCGCUGGUGUUGCCAUCUCCAAAUUGGUUUUGCCUAUCAUGCAGCCAAAGUUGAAUUCGCAUUUGAUUGUCAAACUGUAGCCGGAGUUGCACAGGGUCAAUUUGGUAGUUCACACAAUAGUGACCUCCUUUUGCCCAUUCGAGCGCUUCUGCACUGGCUUGAAGUUUCCACUUUGGAGCCUUUCAUUUGGACACAUUUGCGAGGACAUAGUGAUCAUCCUUGGAACGAAGCGGCUGAUACGCUCUGUCAUCACGCCAGACGUUACGGUGCCACUGUCAAUGACAUGUUCUUGUACCAGCAACAAUGUACAUUUGAUGAUCAGGAUUUGGUGCCUAUUCAGUGGCUUUGGAUGAUUGAGAAAUCCAUGCAGGGUGCCGAUUCUGCUCCUCCGUUGUAUGACUCACAUUGGCACUUCAAUAUUGCACAGCCCCUGAACUCGAUCCCGAGCGUUGCACAACAGCCCAUUGCUCGACGACGAGAUGUACAACCAGAUGGUCCACGCAUCGUCAAGAACAUGAUCUUACAGAUUGCUACUGCAAACGUCUUGACUUUGUUUCCAGGACAAGAUCAUGCAUCCCAAUACAUGAGUGCAAGAGCUGAAGGUUUAGACAGCUGCUUUCAUGAACUCGGUAUUCAUUUUGUUGGUUUGCAAGAAACACGAAGUCGACAAGAGGGCCAUGUGAAGCUCCCACACUAUCAUGUCCUGUCCGCCCCAGCGACUCAGCGUGGCAUUGGAGGUGUCCAAUUGUGGAUUCAACACCAAGUUUGUCAUGGAGAUGUCACUCUCAAAGUUGAAACUUCUCAUCUCCACAUCCUUCAUGCUACGGCUCAACGCCUCAUUGUCAGGUUUGCAUGUGGUGGCUUGCGGCUUAUUUUUGUUGUUCUUCAUGCACCAGUUGAUCAAGACGAAAGAGUCCUACAAGCAUUUUGGAAUGCAACCACCAAUGCCAUUCCAGCACAGUAUCGCUCGUGGCAUCUCUUUGUGUUAGCUGACGCCAACAGCAGGCUAGGCUCAGUUCAGUCGGAUGCGGUAGGUGACUGGCAGGCAGACGAAGAGAAUAUCAAAGGUCAACAUUUCCAUCAAUGGCUUUUGGAACAAUCACUGUUCUUGCCCCAGACCAUGCAAAACCAUCAUUUUGGCAAAGCCGACACCUGGACACAUGCGACAGGCACCAAAGCGCGAUUGGACUUCAUUGCAUGUCCACAAGAACUUGGCUCGGAAGCAAUUGAAACCUGGGUUGAAGAACGCAUCGACCUUUCUAUUCAGCGAGAAGACCAUGAUUGUGUUCGUGCUCAAGUUCCUAUUUCAUUUGCUUGUUUGUCUAAGACCCGCCAAUUUCGACAUUUGCUCAAAACUGAGAUUGCACGUCCCACUUGGCACACGGACGUCCAUUCACAUGCAGCAGCACUGCAAAAUUGGCUUGGUCAAUGCCCCCGACCAGCCACUGUGAUGCGCAAGCAGCACCUGACGCAAGAGACAGUGAAGCUGAUCCAAGCUAAGCGGCAUCACCGGCAUUGUCUUGCCAGACUUCGUCGACAUCGACGUGAUGCCUUGAUGAGAAGCAUUUUUCUGAGCUGGAGGGAUCACCAGGUUGUUCAUGACGAUCUCACCCCAUGGCUCCGAGAAUGUGAUCAACAAGAAGCCAAGCACCUUUGGGCUCUUCAAGACUUAGCAAUGCGUGUUGUGACAGCAGUCAGGCAAGACGAUCGAGAAUUUUACGAGCAAUUAGCUGUCCAAGCAGGUCAGGAGUCGCAAAAGGGAUCAAGACAGUUAUGGCAGGCGAUUAAAUUCGUCUUACCCAGAAGCAGGGCCAAGCAGCGAUCGAAUCUCUGCUGUACGGGCCCGACGGUGCAAGACAAAGCCCAACACUACAAUCAGCUUGAAGCUGGACAGCCAGUGCCAUUCGAGCACUUGAUCUCUACAUGCUGGCAAGCACAACGUGAGAACAUUCAUGAAGCCUCGGGCAUCGAUGCAGUGCCACCAGCUGUUCUGCGAGAGCAUGGCCCAGCUUUGGCUUCAGAUAUCACAUCACUCUUUCUCAAAAUGUGGACUACUGGUGCUGAGCCAUGGCAAUGGAAAGGCGGUUUGAUCCAUACAAUUGGAAAAAAGCAAAAGAGCCACCGUAUCGAAGACAUGCGUGGGAUAGCUUUGUUAGACGUGUUAGGGAAGAUGUCCCACGCGCUUCUGCGAGCUCAAUUGAUGCCCACACUUCUUCAAGCCAGAGCACCGCUGCAAUUGGGCGGCUUCGCCAAACAGACAACCACUUUUGCCACCCAUUAUUUGCGUGCCCUUGAGCAGUGUGCAUCCAAGAAGGCUUUGUCCACUUGCAUCAUUUUCCUGGAUAUUCGUAGCGCCUUCCACUCCUUAAUACGUGAGACGGUAUUUGAUCUUGAUCUUCCAUUACCACCACGUUUAGUUGAAGUUUUGCGCUCAGCAGGAUGUGAUCCUCAAACUGUGGCCGAACAAUGUGCCCAGCAGCGUAUUGGUGCGACCGUGACACCGGCUUUAGUCCGCUUGUUGAAGGAUGCCCACACCCACACAUGGUACACGCUGGCUUCAUCCGAUGAGGUGCAUCAUACCCACCGUGGAAGUAGACCAGGAUCGCCUUUGGCUGAUGCGGCGUACAACGCCCUUAUGAUUGCUGUCAUGACCGACUUGCAAGCGAUCUUGGACAAUCAGCCUCAGCUUCGUGCUGCACAGGCGCAUCUAGGUAUGCCUUCUCCCAUCAUAGCUUGGAUUGAUGAUUUGGCUUUGCCUUUGAUUUUUUCACAUGCUCAUGAGGUUGCCACGGUGACGGAGGAAGUGAUGCAGAACGUGGAUCAGGUUUGCCGCUCAUAUGGGCUCAUUUUGAAUAUGAAACCCAAGAAGACAGAGGCAGUGGUUGCAUUUCGUGGCCCUGACGCCCCCAACAUGAGACGUGAUUGUUUUGGCAAUCGACAAGGUGUUCUAUGUGCCUCAUUGCCCGAUGGUAUCCUUAAAUGUGUGCCACGUUAUGAGCACCUUGGCACCAUUUUCAUGGCAGAGGGCGCAAUCGAUGCAGAGGUAUCACACCGACUUGCUCGUGCCACCCAUGCAUACCACCAAGUGCGCAAACCUAUUUUGAUGAACCGGCACAUUGCCACUUCCACGAGAUUGAAGCUUUUUGAGGGACUUGUAUUGCCGGUUCUGUUUCACGGCAGUGGCAACUGGCCUCUGUUAUCACACAGAACCUUGCAGAAGGUCCAGGGCCUUUACAUGAAAUGGAUCCGUACCAUUUGUGCCAACGGAUUCUGGUCUGCAGAUAUGCUGUCGGACCAACAGCUCUUGAUGUAUUGGCAACUUCCACCCAUUACGUUGCGUCUGGCCAAAAUGCGUCUUUUGUACGCUUUUCAUUUUGUCCAAGAUUGCCCGCGACUGAUCGUGGAUGUUGUCACGGCCACGCCUGAGCAUUCCUUAUCAUGGAUUCCAGCCCUGCGACAUGCGUUGGUUUGGUUGGCCCAGAUGGAUAGCACUCUUUUCAUGUGGGAUCCACUACAUGCGACGGUGGAAGAGAUCUUUGCUUGGUUGGCAUGCCAUGUUGACAGUGGCCCUCGUCUUGUUCGACGGCUGUAUCAUCGUGCGCUUCACCAAGGUCGUGUGCUCCAUAAGGUUGUGCAAGCACAUUGGCGGCUGCAACAACAUUUGCGCUACAGUCGACAGAAGCGCAAUGGAUGCUAUGAGCAAUUGACUUGGCGACGUGCACCAACAACUCAGAUACCAUUGAUCGAUGAGCUGCCGGCCUCAGAUCGGUACCAUCGCCAACCAGUCAUGGCUGUGGCUACGGUGCCCACUCAGUCAGAAGUAACGAUGCUUUCUCGAGCUGAUGCUGAUCAAGCCUUUUUUCAAUGUUGGGACGCAGAAGGCCUUCCACGUGAUUUUGACUUGACACUUCUGACUUCGAUGAAAUCAGCAUUUGACACUACGCUUCUGACUCAGCUGCUCCCCACUGUGAAUGACGUUGACCAGAUGUUUUUCAACAUUUUGCAGACGGCAGAAGAUGAGACUUUGACCGCAGGGAAUGGAGCUCUUGGCGAAUGGGCUCUAUGUGUUUGGAUUCUGGAUUCUUUCUGGUGUUCACGUUUUCCUGCUCUUUCUGCUGAUGUAUUUCAACGUUUAGAUGGGGCUUUGCAGCAGUUCUUGGAAGAUUCUCACAUCGGAAGAUUGGUUUGCUGGCAACGUCGCAUGGACUCUGCAUUUUGCCCUCGUGAGUCCGCUUGCCCCCAGUUGACCUUAUCCAAGGCUCUGGAACCAAUAUUUGAUCCUUGCGCUUUGCAAAAUCAGCUUUUAGAGGGUGCUUUUGCUGGUGAUUUUGUUUUUCCCCUAGCUGGUCAGGUACCCUUGUGUAAAAUUAAUGAUUGUACAGUUAUCUUAAUUUUGCACUUGUUCAGCGGGCGACGCCGCAUUGGGGAUUGCCAUUGGUGGCUUCAUUGCUUAGCCGACAAGAUCUUUCCGGAUUACCCGGUCGUGAUGAUCUCAGUGGACACCGCCAUUGACGAGGUCUAUGGUGACUUGUCCUCCGGUGCCAAUUUCGAUCAAAUCCUGCAGCUGGCUCACAAGGGUGCCGUGGCCGGGUCUCUCACUGGACCCCCCUGCGAGACAUUCAGUGCCGCCAGAAAUUUGCAGAUGGAACAACAGCAGGGUCCGCGCCCUCUUCGGACUGCUGCGCAACCAUGGUGUCUGCAGGAUCGCACAGCGCGCGAGCUUCGCCAAUGCGACACAGGCUCCGAAUUAUUGAUGAACUCCUUUCAGCUUGAGGCCGAAGUGGUUUAUGCAGGCGGUGGAGCUAUUAUGGAACACCCCGCUGAACCUCCAGAUGAACACAAGGUUUCGGUCUGGCGUCUCGAGUGUCAUCGACAGUGGUGCAUGAAGCUCCCUGGUGCCUGCCAUCAUCGCAUUGAGCAAUGGCUCUACGGAGCCAGUGGCGUAAAGCCCACCAACCUUCGUGCCCUGAAUUUGGGGCCACCGAUCACAGUUGGGAAGGCGCUGAUUUCUGGCGCUGAGCCGUGGCGUGUGCGACCUCAACAAGGAUUGAAGGGCAAAGGUGCAGACGGUAAAUACCGUACCGCGCAGGCCAAAGAGUAUCCGAGCGCACUCUGUAGGAGCUUGGUGGUAGCACUUUUAAAAGGGCUACAAUAUCGCAUCCAUACAGAUGGAGUGCGUGUAGUGGAGGAGGAGUUGCUGCAAUGCCAGCGAUGGGGGGAGGAGACAGCAGAGCAACAGGAAGUUUGCGAAGAGCAGGCAAGGAGACUCCAAGAGGAAAUGACUGAGAUGCAGCGCGAGGCCCUUGCAGCGAAGCAAGAGGAAUCUGCCGUCAGAGAAGAGGCAGCUGCCAGGAAGUUGCAAUGUGCUGAAUGCUCCAUGGCAUAUCGAAGACAGCAGGUCACCAAGGCUAACCUCACGCGACAGGUGCGUGACCUGCAGGUCGCGCUGGCCCGCGUUCGGGGUGAAGUCUCCGCAGAGCAGGCGGAACAGAAAUCUGUCAAUGCAGAACUUGAAGCGAAAUGCCGCUCCUUACGCCAGGAGGUGGAAGAACAUGCGGCGCUGCGCAGCAAGGCCACCCAGCAGCGCCACGAGAGCGAAGUUGCGACGGUCCAACUGGAGGAGAGCACUGCCCGCAUCGCGCUGCAACUGCACGCGGACGAAGAAGCGCAAGCGCAGCUGCAGGCGAGCCUGACCAGCAGCCAACGUUUUGCGGAGCGACAGCUGGCGGAACUCCGAGCACAGGAGUUGGUAGGAGAAGCUCUGACGGAAGAGGUGAUGAAAGGCCGGCAAAUGGAGGAGGCGCUACGUAGCGAGCUACGACAAGAACGCCAAGAAGCACAAGAGGCCAGUAGCGUUGCAUUGGCGCUGCUGUCUAUGCGUCGCCUAAAAGCUGAAGAAGCCAGAGAGGCUUUGCUGCAGUGCAAUGAUGCCUUGGCAGCUUCUGACAAAGCUCAGGAGGAGUUGGCUCAGCGUCAAGAUCAACUGGAGCAUUCCGCCAGGUCCUCUCAGAAGAUGCACGAGAUGUUAAUGCAGCGAUUGUCCACGGUGCACGACAAGGUGAAAAAUGCCGAAUCAACUCAUGCCCAAGCGCUCAAGGAACUGCAAGCCGAACGGCGAGAGCAGUCCAGGCUGAACCAGCAACUCGUGACAGAGUCAUCCAUGUAUGGGCCUCAGUCGAGUCCAACCUUAGGAAGUUUCCUCGCUCCCGUGUGGUUCAAGGGUCCCCAUGUCCCCAUGGCGCCGAUGUGGAUCCGGCUUCCAAUGCUGUUGCUGGUAGGAGUCGAUGGAAACAAGCAGGAAGGAACGCAGUUUCUAAUGACCUUUCUGCCUAGAUUUCUGAAGGAAAUUGGCGCGACCACGGACUUUGCGCCGGACUCGGUGCUUAGUGGCUGCUGGUCUGAGUGGGGGUCAGCAGAAUUUCAGGCCAACAUCACCAGAUUCAACGACCUCCUCUCUGGUCCUUAUGACCCGUUGCUAGCCAUGCGUGCAGGGCUUGGUUCUUUAGCCCAGUCACUGGUGGCAGUCCUUGAAGGUCUCCAGGAGUGCCAUCCUGCCGCAGCUUCACCAGGCAUAGCCUUGGCACUUCAACUGCAACGACUAGUGGCAGAAGGUCGGUUGAACGAUGGUUUCUGUCCUUUCACUGGCAAAAGACAGAUCACGAUCGGCGGUGCAGAGGUCAGUGAUGAGAUGGUCCAGUUGCAGAAGUCGACCAAGGCAAAACGCUUGGCUCGCCUCUUAGGAAGGAUGCUCUUGAAGGUUCAAAGGGAGGGCGAUGGCCCGGACCCCGCUGGUGCAACGCCCGUGAACUGGGAGAUGCGCCAGGCCAUGUUUGGAGGUGACUUGGAAUUGUGAGACGUCCAACCCCGUGGCCCAUCAAGUCCCAGACACGGGCACUGGGUCGACAUGAACAGCCUGUCAUCCUGAGGCUGCAGGUCCCAAUGCUGGGUGGCCAGUCAGGGCUUGGACACAUGGUACAUUCGAACGAGGGUAAGCGGCCCCAAGCCAAUUUCGCAGCUGCAAGUUCAGCUGCGCCCUGAGUUGGAUGGGUCAUGGAACGGAAUCUGGCAAGAAAUCCGUCUCUCAGAACCGACCAAUCGAUACCUAGAAAAACAA